AUGAGCGAAAAGCCGGCCAGCAAUCGGAAUGCCGAGAAUGUCGAAAAAGCCGUCGAGCACGGACAAGAUACCCUUGACUCCAGCAAAUAUGGAGGUCCCUUGGACGCUCGAAACUCGGAAGACAAAAACGACCCCCUGAAUUGGCCAUAUUGGCUCAAAGUGUAUCUCGCCUUCAUGGUGUCAGGUCUCGGUUUCGUCAAUCAACUAGGCUCUGCCCUGAUCAAUCCAGCCUUCGUUGUCAUCGCUGAAGAUCUUCACAUCUCCGUCGAGCAAGCCUCCUACUGCACCACCGUGGUCAUCCUGUUCAUGGGGAUCAUGCCCAUGUUCGUCGUUCCUUUCUCCAACGUAUACGGCCGGCGGAUCCUGUACCUGUUCUUCACGGCGGUCGCUGCGGCAUGCCAGUUCGGAUCGGGUGCGGCUACGACUUAUGGCGGCCUGAUCACUGGUCGGAUUUUCUACGGAGUCGGCGCGAGCAUCCCACUUGGACUUGGAGCAGCGACUAUAUGCGACCUCUUCCCUCAGGGUGAAAGAGGGACUUUUCUCGGCAUCUACACUUUGUGUGUCAACAACGGCCCACACUUGGCCCCCAUCAUCGGAGGAUAUAUCGCCCUGAACCUCUCCUGGCGUUGGUGCUUGUACGUACCUGGGAUCAUCCAAGCCGGGUUCUUUGUCUGCCUAUGCCUGACAUUCCCGGAGACGCUGUAUUCGCACACCGAAGGCAUCACCUCGACAAAUUCGUCGUAUCUUACGGGACUCGUCCCGCGCGGCAAAAUCCUCGACCGCCCCAUCAGGCCACGGGACUUCCUCCAGCCGUACAUCAUGAUUCGGUAUUGGGCGGUCUCUCUCCCCGCCAUCUACUGGAUGACGGCGAACACGUACGGAAGCGCCCAGUUCGCCGUGACGGGGUCGAAAUUGGCGCGACAACUCUACGACUUCGACGUCGCACAGACAGGGUUGCUCAUGGGAAUUCCACAGACCGUGGGCUGUAUGGUCGGAGAAGCCACUGCCGGGUGGGUCAGCGAUAUGAUCAUCAAUGCCUACGCCAAGCGACAUGACGGCUAUCGCAAGCCUGAAGUGCGCCUCGCUCUCCUGCCCGGCUGCGUCGCUUUGGUUGCGGGUUUGAUCGCCUACGGUGUCUGUGUGGACGAGCAUAUGCCAUGGCCCUCCCUGGCCAUAACGAUGGGAGUGGCCAGUUUCGGGCUCCAAGUGGGCGCAACAAUGAUCUACACCUACGCGACUGAUUGCUAUAAACCACAAGCUCCCGAGGUCGGCGUGGUGAUCAACCUGUACAAGUCAAUAUUCGCAUUCACUAUCGGGUUCUACGCCGUCCCGUUCGGUACGAGACAUGGAUACAAUGUGUCUUUCGGGGUCACGGCGGCGAUCAACGGCGCGACAUUACUGCCUCUGGUGUGGCUGUACUUCUGUGGCGAGCAAGUCAGGAGGAAACAAGGUCGGCCUCGUAUCCAUGAGGAUCUUUGA